AUGUCGACAUUGUUCGAUGCCGUUCUUCAAUCCGAGCUGGGCUCUGGGUCGGGUUCCCGUGAACAGCUCCGGUCCGACCACCUGCCCAGCUCUCGACGAUCCGAAAGCAAUGGCCCCAUGAGUGAUAUGAACGCAUUCCCAGAUGAUCAAGUGGUUGGUCCUGGUGGCUCGUCAACAGUCAGUCGAUUAAGGAAUCCCUAUGCGCCAGGUCCCCCACCUGUGAUCGAUGAAGCCGGAGAAAAAGUGCAGCAAGCAUUUCAAGAACUCCUCGAAACAUUUAUGGAAGAGCCAUCAUCAUCUACGCCGCCUUCAUCCGGUGAAGUUUUGAGUGACAAGUACUACAUUGCCCAAAUCAAAGGCAUGAAAAAAUUCGAGUUGUCUACCCUCUAUGUGGACUUCACUCACUUGACGUCCUUGGAAAACCCCAUUCUGGCCGACGCCAUUGCUAGCCAAUACUACCGUUUCCUACCCUUCCUUACCAAGGCUCUCCACAACCUCGUCGCCAAGUACGAGCCCGAAUACUUUGUUUCCCAUCGCUUGGCCUCAACCGCUUCCACCCACUCGAGUGCCUCUGUAGCAUCCGCUUACGCCAAUGUCACCGACAACCCAGAUUUGGAGCGCCAAAUUCGUGAGAAGACUCGCCACCAACAGACGGACAAGUUGUUUGCCCUGGCUUUCUAUAACCUCCCAUUGGUCUCUCGAUUGCGCCAACUACGAACAUCGCAAAUUGGAAGGUUGCUCUCUGUCUCCGGUACUGUGACGAGAACAUCUGAGAUUCGGCCAGAAUUGUCGCUGGGUACAUUCAUUUGCGAGGCUUGUAAAACUGUUGUGCCGAACGUGGAGCAGACCUUCAAGUACACAGAGCCUACUGAGUGUCCGAACUCAGUGUGCGGUAACCGCAAUGGCUGGCGCUUGGAUAUUGGCAAGAGUACCUUCGUUGAUUGGCAGAAGGUCAAGCUUCAGGAAUCAUCCCACGAAAUUCCGACCGGUAGUAUGCCACGUACAAUGGAUGUUAUUCUGAGGGGUGAGAUGGUUGACCGUUCCAAGGCCGGUGAACGUUGUAUUUUUACCGGUACAUUGAUUGUCGUUCCUGACGUAAGUCAGCUUGGACUUCCUGGAGUGCGCCCCGAAGCCGUUCGCGAUAACAGCUCGUUCCGUGGUAGCGAGGUUGGAGGUGGCGGUGUCUCUGGCCUGAAGGCUCUUGGUGUCCGUGAUCUGACUUACCGUCUCGCCUUCCUGGCAUGCAUGGUCACGCCCGACACAACAACUCCCGGCCAAAAGCCUGAGCAGCAACUCAGCGGUCAAUCUAACAACAUCCUGGCCUCUCUAAACCAGAAUGUUGAUCCUGACAUGAAUGAUGACAAGGCCCAAGAAGCCUUCCUUCAAAGCUUGACCCCAGCGGAGGUGCAGGACUUGAAGGCUUUGGUGCACUCGGAAUACAUCUAUUCACGACUUGUUGACUCAAUUGCCCCUAUGAUUUGGGGUCAUCGUCAAAUCAAGAAGGGCCUUCUGCUUCAGCUGAUCAGUGGUGUGAGCAAGAGUACAUCAGCCGAGAGUCUCAAGCUACGUGGUGACAUUAACAUCUGCAUCGUUGGUGACCCAGCUACAAGUAAGAGUCAGUUCUUGAAGUACAUUUGCUCUCUCCACCCACGUGCCGUCUACACCAGUGGUAAAGCUUCCUCUGCUGCUGGUUUGACUGCUUCAGUUGUCAAGGAUGCUGAGACUGGCGAGUUUACCAUCGAAGCCGGUGCCCUGAUGCUUGCCAACGGAGGUGGUAUUUGUGCCAUUGACGAGUUCGACAAGAUGGACAUCAGUGACCAGGUCGCCAUUCACGAAGCCAUGGAACAGCAGACUAUCUCCAUCGCCAAGGCCGGUAUUCACACCACUCUCAAUGCUCGCGCCUCCAUUCUCGCCGCCGCGAACCCCAUCGGCGGUCGCUAUAACCCCAAACAAACUCUCCGUCAGAACCUCAACUUCAGUGCACCUAUUAUGAGUCGUUUCGACGUGUUCUUCGUCGUUCGUGAUGAGCCUAAGGAGCAUGUUGACCGCAACUUGGCUGAGCAUAUCGUCAAUGUCCACAUGAACCGUGAUGAAGCUGUGGAGCCCGAAUUAAGUACUGAGCAACUCCAACGAUACAUUCAAUUCGCGCGUACUUUCCGCCCCGUUUUCACCGAGGAGGCCAAGUCUCUUCUCGUUGAGAAGUACAAGGAGCUCCGUGCCAACGAUGCCCAAGGUGGAAUUGGUCGUUCUUCAUACCGUAUCACUGUUCGUCAGCUCGAGUCUUUGAUCCGUCUGUCAGAGGCUGUCGCCAAAGCCAACUGUGUUGAGGAAGUCAUUCCUAAAUUCGUCAUCGAGGCCUAUGACCUUCUGCGUCAAAGUAUCGUGACGGUUGAGAAGGAUGACGUAGAGAUGGACGAUGAACUCCCAGCCCAUGCUGCUGCUGCUGCUGCUGAUGAGGACGAAGAGAUGGCCGAUCGGGAUCGCGAGGGUGACAGUCCAAUGCCCGAAGGCGGAGUUGAGCCUGCAGCUCAAUCUAAGCCCGAGCGUACAAAGACUAAGAUCACAUACGAUAAGUAUGCGAAGAUUUUGAACUUGCUCGUUCGCCGUGUGCAUGAAGAUGAAGUCAGCCAGGGUGAAGGUGUUGAACACGAGGAGCUGAUCGUGUGGUACUUGGAACAAAUCGAGUCCGAGAUGGACACCGAAGAAGACUAUGGCCGCGAGCGUGACCUGGUCACCAAGGUCUUGAAGCGUAUGGUCAAGGAACUCGUUUUGCUGCGCGUUGCACCCAAUAUGAUGUCAGAGAAGGGCACUCAAGAGUCCAACGCCGACGACAAGAUUCUUUAUGUGAUGCAUCCCAACUGUGCAUUGGAGGAGAUGUAA